AAAAAUUAUCACAGACAUUUUCCAUUUACUAAGCAUAUUGUACUCUGUGGUUAACCAGAGGAAAGAAGCAUGCAGUUCGUCACAGUUAUUUUCCUGGCCCUUGCUUUCACCUGCUGCAUUGGUGACAAGCUAGAUGACGCUAAUAAUUACUUGGAUGAAGUCCUCACAGACUAUCUGCCAUCGGCCAUUGAAGCUGAAAAUUUAAGAGUUUACGAAAUGCCAAACUUCUCUCACAAUCACCAGGAUAGAACGUCAGAUGGUGCCGUGCUCAAUACCAAAAUUAUGUACUGGGGAGGAAAUUUGACUGGACUGCAAGACGUAGUGAGAGAAAGCUGCGAAGAGCCAUCAUGGUCAUCGGGAAAUGUCAGUUUGGUUUGUCAUAUAGUUACGCCCCAUUUACAAAUAGAGUAUGAGGGACGAUUUCAAUCUAUUAAGGGAUACAAUAACCCCUUCGGUGUACACAUACGACAAUUUGAUUUUAGCCUCGAUAUAGAUAUCAGACAAGCGAAAGCCAGAUUAGAAGUAACCUCUUCACCCCUCACUCAGAUACCUUCAAUAAAAGAACUAAGUCUCGUAUCUAAAGGAGAGUUUUCUAUAACUACCCACACAGCAGAUACUGUCAAAGAAGAUCCAACUGAAGGAGUAAAACAUAGAUUAGAUGAAUUUUUGCUCGAUCUUUUCAACGGACCUUUCAAAAAUGCUCUGGAAGAAGCUGUAAGGAGUGUUCGUUACCCUAAAAAUGAAUGAUUUUAUAGCUUUACAUUAUCCUGAAAUAUUAAUUUAUGCAUUUAAUUUUAGUGAAUUGCACGAACUAAUCUUCCUGUUAUAAUUUUAUUGCAACUGAAGAAAAUGUUAACUUUAUUAAUGUGUAAAAAAUUCUUUUGAUAGUAAAUUAAUUGUUGAUUGCAAUUAAUGACAUUAAUUGCAAUCAACAAUUUAUAAUCAAGAGAAAUUUAUAAUCAACAAUUAUAAUUAUUGUCAUUUAUAAUCAACAAUUUAUAAACAAGAGAAAUUUCGAAAAGAAAUCCCAUUCAAAAUAAAGUUUAGAUGUUAAGUUAUACUUUAUUAAUUAUUUUUCAUUCUAUCAGAAAAGUUUUAAUAUUGAGUGAUAAUGUCACUGCUUUGAAUAAGUAUAAUAAUUAUUUAUUUAAUCUUCUUAUUAAAUAAAAAUAUUUGUCCACCUUCUGAA